CUUCUCCCCGGCACACAGAAAAAAGGAACCCAAUAAACUAUAAUGUUCACCUCCUUCUCUCACCCAUCUCUGCCGCCAGACAUUUGAUAACUUGACCCCAAAAAAAGGAAAAAAAUGGGCCGUCUUGUGGGCCUCUCCAACACCGGCCCAAGCCCCAGCCCAAUCCGGACCCACCCAUCCCCGCCUUCCUCCACCAACCUCUUUUCCCCAUUGGGAAGCCUUGACGGCCUCGAUCGUGGGGACUUCUGUGAGGCCGCAUAUGAGGUUUUCUUCACUGCGUGCCGCUCGACACCGGGCUUCGGGGGACGGACUGCCAUAUCAUACUAUUCGGAUGGGGACGCGACUGGGCCUGGGACGGUGAAGGCCCCAGGCGUGGGGAUGGCUGUGACGAGCCGAGUGAAGAGGGCGUUGGGGCUGAAGAUGAUGCGCCGGUCCCCGUCUUCUAGACGCGCCAGCUCGUGCGGGUCGAACCCGUUGUCCCCUGGCGGGUCAGGGUCGAGCCCGAGAUCCAGCCCGAGGUUGGGCCCGCGGCUGAGGCGGCCGAUGACGUCGGCAGAGAUCAUGAGGCAGCAGAUGAGGGUGACUGAGGAGAGCGACAACAGGCUGCGGAAGACUCUCAUGCGCACUCUUGUAGGCCAACUCCUCCGCCACCUCAAGCCCUCGGAGUUCAGCGACCCACACGAGUACCACCUCUGGCAGAGACGGCAGCUGAAGAUUCUGGAAGCAGGCCUUCUCCUCUAUCCCUCCACCUCUCUCGACCCUUCCGACACCUUCGCCCCAAACCUCCGUGCCAUCAUCCAAGCCUCCGAACUCCACCCCAUCGACACGUCCAAGAACUCCCCCACAAUGCGUUCACUCUGCACGUGCGUCGUCUCCCUUGCCUGCCGCUCGAGCCCCACUGACGGCUACCCCCACUGGGCAGACGGCUACCCGCUCAACAUGCACCUCUACACCGGCCUCCUCUCCGCCAUAUUCGACCUCAAGGACGAGACCCUCGUCCUCGACGAGGUCGACGAGCUUUUCGAGCUCAUGAAGAAGACUUGGUCCACCCUUGGGGUUACCCGCCCACUCCACAACCUAUGCCUCAUGUGGGUGUUUUUCGAGCAGUACGUGGGGACGGGGCAGGUGGAGCCAGAUUUGCUUGGGGCGUCGUUCAAUAUGUUGACUGAGGUGGCUAAUGAUGCCAAGAGGGCUGACCGGGAUCCAGUCUACUUGCGGAUGCUGGCUGGGGUAAUGGGGAGCCUCACUAGGUGGUGCGAGAGGAGGCUAUUUAGUUAUCAUGAUAAUUUCGGGAGAGGGACGUUGGGUGUCAUGGAAAGUAUUCUGCCGCUGCUUUUCUCUGCGGCUAAGAUAUUGGAGGAGGAUGUGCCGAGUUACGUCUUGCAAAGGGAUGCCAGGGAUGAGUCGGCCGGGAACCGGGUUGAUUAUUACGUUCGGUCGUCGUUGAGGAAUGCGUUUGCCAAGAUGCUAGAAGAUCAAAAUGUCAACGGUACAAAGUACACAGAAGCACACGAAGUGAGCGAGUUGCUCAUUAAGUUGGCAAAAAAGACAGAAGAAUUAGCCCUCAAGGAGAAGGAUAUUUUCAGCCCUGUUCUAAAGAAAUGGCAUCCGGUUGCCGCUGGAGUUGCCGCUGUCACUCUACACACGUGCUUCGGAACAUUGUUAAAGCAAUACCUAACUGAGAAAUCCACAUCCUUGAAUGAGACCAUCUUGGUACUGCAGAGGGCCGGUAAACUUGAGAAGUUUUUGGUACAAUUAGUGGUGGAGGACUCGGUUGACUGUGAGGAUGGGGGGAAAACGAUCGUGAGGGAAAUGGUUCCCUAUGAAGUCGACUCCUUCAUACUAAGGCUAUUGAAACAGUGGGUUCAGGAGAGGCUGCAGAAGGGAAAAGAAUAUGUCCUUAGGGCAAAGCAGACAGAAACAUGGAAUCCCAAGUCGAAAAGCGAACCUUACGCUAAUUCGGCCGUUGAGCUAGCUGGGUUUGCCAAGGAAGCCGUGGACGAUUUCUUCGAAAUUCCGGUCAACUUGUCGGAGAAUUUAUUCUUCGAUUUUGUCCAAGGCGUAGAGAAUCUCUUCCAAGAUUACAUCGCGUUCGUUUCAUCAUGCGGAACAAAACAAAGUUAUCUCCCCACACUCCCUUCCCUUUGCCGAUGCAGCCGUGACUCCAAACUAUCCAAACUGUUUCGAACCGCAUGCAGUGUGGGUGUAUCAAACCCAAUAAUCGAGCAAGCCAGCAGUCUCAGCAACAACAACAACAACCCGCGUCCCUCUACUAGCCGUGGGACCCAGCGCCUCUACAUCAGACUCAACACCAUCCACUACCUCACCUCCCAACUUAACUCCCUCGCCAAGGCCCUCUCCCUCUCCCCCAAGGCCCCUCCCACCCCAGCUCGAUUCGAGCUCUCCCUCUUGUCCCUCCAGGACGCCUCCCGCCACGUGGCCGAAGUCUCCGCGUACCGCCUAGUCUUCCUCGACUCCAACUCCGUGUUCUACGGAGGGCUCUACGCGGGCCACGUGGCCAGGGCCCGCGUCCGGCCCGCGCUCAGGCUGCUGAAGCAGAACCUGACGCUGCUCUGCGCGAUCGUCGCCGAGCGCGUGCAACCGCUUGCCCUCAAGGAAGUCAUGCGGGCCUCGUUCGAGGCCUUCCUUCUCGUGCUUCUAGCUGGAGGGAGCUCGAGGGUGUUCGGCAGAGCAGAUCACGCGGCUAUUGAAGAAGACUUGGAGAGUUUGAAGCGCAUGUUUUGCACGUGCGGUGAGGGUUUGUUAGUGGAGGACAUGGUGGAUAAGGAGAGCGAGACGGUGGAGGAUGUGGUGGGGAUGAUGGGGCAGGCGUCUGAGCAGCUGAUUGAGGAGCUGAUGAGCAGAAUGGGAGUGGGAGGGGGCUCAGGGGUGCCACUGCCACCUACGACUGGGAAGUGGGGGCGCUCGGACCCUAACACUAUACUCAGGGUGCUUUGCUAUAGGGACGAUCCAACGGCGAACCUCUUCCUCAAGAAGGUGUUCCGGUUGGCGAGGAGGCCACGGAUCAGGAUGAUUUGAGGUUCUGUUGUUGCUUUCAUGAUAUUGGUAGGGAUUGGGAGGUUGUUUUGUUUUUAUUGUUUUAUUUUAUUUUAUUGUUUUGUGAGAUUAU